GAAGAGAAUAAAGUGACUCGAGUCCGUUGUCGUUGCGAAGAAGCAAGCCGAAUCCAUCUCCAACCUUGCCCCUUUCCAUUCUUCCUCCCUUUCUCCCGAACCCUAACCCUAACCUUGACAUCCUCGACCACGAUCCCCCGACCUUAGCCCUAGAUCGCUUCCGACCCCUCGCCACACUCCCGACUCCACUGCCACCGGAUCUCCGACCGAGUGAUGGCGGCGGCGGCGGCGAGGGCCGAUGGCCAGGAGAAGGUCAUUGCCGCAGCGAAGCACAUCGUCAGCAGCCUUGCUACCUCGAAGAACGCUGCCGAGGACAUGAUCCGCAUCCUCUCCGGCUUCGACAACCGCCUCUCCACCAUCAACGACCUCUUCCCUGCCUCCUCCUCGUCCGCUAGAGGAGGCGACGGCGAAGGCGACGGCGUCGACGUCGACCGGUCCGAGGCUGAGCUGCGCCUUGAGGUAGCCCAGAAGGUCGUUCUCCGCUGGGACGCCUCCGAUUCCCUCCUCUGGGAGUCUUCCCCCGAGGAGGCCGAGGAGUACCUCGCCGCCGUCGAUGAUCUCAUCUUCCUCGCCGACCCUGGCACCUCCCCGAGCGCCGCCGCGGCUGCGGAAGACCUAGUUAGUCGUGCGGAGGUUGCGCUUCAGAUGGCAAUGUCCCGUCUUGAGGAGGAGUUUCGCCACCUGAUGGUCCGCAAUGCAGUCCCCCUUGACUCCAACGGGCUCUGCUCCUCCAUUCGCCGCCUCUCCCUUUCCUUUGCAUCUGAUGGCGGUGAGACUAUGGAGGACUUUGAGAGCUCCAUUGAUGACGAACACCAGCUGCAGCUUCCGCCGCAACAGCAAGAGGGCAGUCCUGAGGAUAGGUCCGGAAGCAGUCUGAUAGACGAUCGGAGUUUAGAUCUGAUCCAUCCCGAAGUCAUCGCUGAUCUGAAGGCCAUCGCAGACAAAAUGAUCUGGGCCAAGUAUGAUCGAGAGCUCCACCAUGUUUACUGCACUGUCCGACGGGACAUCCUUGAUGAGUGCCUCUCCAUCCUCGGCAUCGAUCGAAUGAGCAUUGAGGAGGUACAGAGAACUGAGUGGCGGAUGCUUGAUGACAAGCUUAAGAAGUGGAUUCAGGCUAUGAAGAUCGUUGUUCGGGCUCUGCUCUGGGGAGAGAGACGGCUCUGUGACCAAAUUCUUGCUGCCUCAGAGGAGCUUAGGGACGAGUGCUUUUCAGAGACCACCAAAGGGUGUGUCAUGCAGCUACUCAACUUUGGGGAUGCCAUUGCGAUAUGUCAGCGGUCUUCAGAGAAGCUCUUUCGUAUUCUGGAUAUGUAUGAGGCCCUCGCAGAUGUUUUGCCAGAUCUCCAGGCCUUAUAUGCCGGAGACCCAAAGGACCUCCUAUGUGAAGAGGCUGAGGGGAUUCUGAAGAGGUUAGGUGAUGCUGUAAAAGGCACUCUUACGGAGUUUGGAAAUGCAAUCCAGAAGGAGCCAUCGCGGAAGCCAACACAGGGAGGUGAGAUCCAUCCCAUGACACGUUAUGUGAUGAACUAUGUGAAAUUGCUGGUGGUUUACAAUGAUACAUUAAAUUUGCUUUUGGAUGAUGGAGUGUGUGGUAGUGAUCAGUCUCAUUCUGAAGGUUGUGAGAAUAGGAAUACCAACGGAGAGAAUUUGGAGAGUAUGACUCCACUAGGUCGUCGCAUGCUUUUGAUAAUCUCACAUUUAGAAACUAACCUGGAUGAAAAAUCUAAAGUUUAUGAAGAUGGAGCAAUGCGGUAUAUAUUUUUGAUGAACAAUAUACUCUACAUAGUUAAUAAAGUGAAGGAUUCAGAACUUGGGAAGCUUUUGGGAGAUGACUGGAUAAGGAAGCACCGCAGCCAAAUUCGGCAGUAUGCCACAAGCUACCUGAGGACUUCCUGGACAAAAGUGUUGUCUUGUCUGAAGGAUGAUGGAUAUGGGAGUGGGAGCUCCAGUAGCGUUUCAAAGGUUGCUCUCAAGGAAAAGUUCAAGAACUUUAACUUGGCAUUUGAAGAAAUUUAUAGGGUUCAGACAACUUGGAAGGUUCCAGAUCCUCAGCUCCGAGAAGAAUUGCGGAUUUCUAUUUCAGAGAAGGUUAUCCCAGCUUAUCGCUCUUUUAUGGGGAGGUUUGGUAGUCAACUUGAGGGUGGAAGACAUGCAACAAAAUAUAUAAAGUACAUGCCAGAUGAUUUAGAGUACCAUCUUUCAGAUUUGUUCGAAGGCUUGCCUGGACUCACUCCGAGAAAAAAAGCUUAGUCCGUGGAAGGGCGCAGGUAUGAUCUGAAUCUCAUUAGUGGUCCCUUUAUGCAGAGUUCAGAUAUAUUGCUGAAUGUGAACUUGCAAUGACCCUUUGCAGAACUUGUAUUGGUUAUACAUAGUAACAAUUAUCAUAUAUAGAUGUCGUAAUAACUCAAUGUGUUGUUAUAAUAAUGUAUAGGUCUAGUGGGUGUGAAUUACUGGUGUCUUCUUAGAUUUUUAAUAUGUUGUCAAACAAGUGAAUGUUGAUUGGAUCUGUUUGAAUUACUAUAGCUCUUUAAACGUUUGAUGGGUUU